AUGGUCCUGGAGAACUGGGUCAAAUCUGAUUCGGGCCCUUUUUUUUUGUACUACUUCAGCGGAAGGAAAUGGGUUUUUGGGGACGCUUUCUGCAAGAUGACAAGAUUCUGCUUCAACGUGAACUUGUACUGCAGCAUCGGGUUCCUCACCUGUAUUAGUGUGUACAGGUACCUGGCCAUCGUCCAUCCUCUGAGAAUGAUGGGAAGACUAACUGUGACUCGUUCUGUGCUGAUCUCAGUCCUUGUUUGGCUUUUGGUGAGUGUUCAAAGUAUGCCAGACAUCUUUUUUCCAAAAUCAGUCAAUGGCACAGAAAAGUGCUUUCACUCUACAAGCCUUGAAAAGACUGAGGAUUACCUAACAUACAGCCUUGUGUGGACAACCACUGGAUUUUGUAUCCCAUUACUCAUCACUCUGGGCUGCUACGGACAUGUGACUUUUUUUUUUCUUUGUCGCAGGAACACUAUAAAGAAGACACUGAGACAAAAGUGUGUGAAAUUUCUUUUCAUCUUGAUUCUUCUUUUCUCUGUCUGUUAUAUUCCUUAUCACGUGUUUAGGAACCUAAGUCUCUUUUCUAGAAUUCAGAGCAAACAGAAUAUCUGUGUUUGGUGGGAUAAACAUGUUUUUACAGGUCAUCAGAUCAGUCGGGGGCUUGUGUGUCUGAACAGUGCUCUCAAUCCUCUGGUUUAUCUUCAGAUGAGUGAAAAUAUUCUCACUGACAUCCGGCACCUGCCACAACAAGUUCGUAAGAUUUUCCAUUGUAUGUUUGUGUGCAGCUGGAACAGAGUAGCUGUGUCACAAAGUGAAGACAUUUAGAAUUUCUUUCGGGUUCAGAAACUCC